UAGUAACUCUCCUUAAAUUCACUGCUUCAUUGCUAGAAGCAGCCUUCUCCGAUUAUUCGAAGAACAAUGUCCGACGAAUCAAAACCCGCGCCCGGCGGUUUGCUCAACGGCCUCGAAACCCAAAAAACACGGAGAGUCAACGAAGCAGCUCGAUCUCUACAUCCCAGUGCUGUGAAAGAUCUGCUAUCUCUCGGGGUCUGCGAGAGAUGUAUUCUCCGAUUGGUAACCGUCACGGCGACUUUCGAUUCCGAUCUGGCGACAGUGUCGUCAUCAACUCUUCGGGGCUGGCUAGGCUCCGGAGUCGAGGAAGCUGCGUCACCGGAGCCGAGCAUCUGCAUUGUUUGUUUAGGUGUAUUGCAGUUCGUUUUCUCCGAUGCCAAACAGACGCUGGUGAAAUCGGAUCACGUCGCAUGGAUCACGGACUUGGUGAAGCAGCAAGGUCACGAGUUCGAUUCCUUUGUCCUUGAAGUCUCUUUGCCAUCGACUAUCUCGGAGAAUGAGCGUGCAGUCUUGUUAUACCUUAAAGGAAAGUAUAGCGAUGAAGCUUGGCUGCAGAGUGAAAAAGUUUCUGUAAAGGAUGCACUGAAAGUUUUAGUCUUGGAUCCACUUAGAGCUUCUUUGGGCGCUAAAUCAGAUUCAAGCUCUUUUCACAUCCGUUUGACAUACUCUCAGGCAUCAGAUGAGGCUCAAGGCUUGUCUGAAACAAAGCAUGAAAGAAAGAAGAGGAAAACAGAUAUCCCAACACUUGCAGAUUUUUCAAGUGCUAUAUUUCGUGUAUUUUAUGCAGACGAAGAGAAUGGAUCAAACUGUAUGUCCGAGAAUCCGUUUAAAAAGGUUUCUGAACCAUGCAUCUUGUCAGUUCAUUGCAACAAGAUGCCUAUCUUUUUUGGUGGCAGAUACUUUAAGUACUCCAGAAAUGUGAGUCAAUCAAGAUGGAUUAUUGAUGAUGAAAGAAUGGGUGAAGCGUCUGUUGAGGAGAUAAUUGGUGGAAGUAUUCUUCCAGCAUGCCUCGGGGAUUCCUACAAGUUCCAUGCUGCUGGCAGAGAAGAUAUUGAUGUACGGAUGUUGGGAUCAGGUAGACCUUUCUUAAUCGAGGUUCAGAACUCCCGCAAAUGUCCAUCUCAGCAAUCGUUGACGGAAAUUGAAGAAAAGAUAAACAAUUCAGAGAAAAAACUAGUUGGAGUUAAAGAUCUUAAAUUCAUCGGAAGUGAGUGUUGGGCAAUGAUGCGUGAAGGAGAAGCAGAGAAACAGAAGCAAUAUGCUGCACUUGUAUGGAUUUCUCGUCCACUUGAAGAGGAAGAUUGCAACUCAGUUUCUUCCAUGAAAGAAUUGAAAAUCUUGCAGAAGACACCAAUAAGAGUGCUUCACCGACGAAGUCAACUGGAACGUGAAAGGACUAUACACUGGAUGAAAGUCGAAAAGAUAAAAGGAAACGCUCACUACUUUCUAUUGCAUCUAUGCACUCAGGCUGGAACAUACAUCAAAGAGUUUGUUCAUGGAGAUCUUGGUCGUACCACUCCCAGCAUGGGAUCAAUUUUAGGUUGCAGGGCGGAGAUUAUACAACUAGAUGUGACUGAUGUGAAAAUGGGCGAUUCUUGAAGGCCCGAGUAACAAUCCAUAAGCUCUCUUAUUUUUUUUUGUAGUUUUGAUUCCUAGAAAAGUAUAUAUUUUUCCCAUAAUUUAAUAGUAAUUUAUUGGAUUUUGAUCUUUAGAAUAAAGAAUUACUUAGUAAUAACAUUAUAACGUGGAAUCAGUAUGUGAUUCUGUUAGAUCUAAA